AUGGAAAAAGUUCAGCUCAUCAGAGAUAGACUAAAGACAGCUCAGAGUCAUCAGAAGUCAUAUGCAGAUGUGAGGAGAGGGGACUUGGAGUUCGAAAUCGAUGAUUGGGAGUUAGAGUUACCACCAGAACUAGCAGAGGUUCAUCCAGUCUUUCACGUUUCCUUGUUGAAGAAGUGUGUUGGUGGUUUGGCAUCAUUAGUACCAUUUGAGAGUGUGGUUGUGAAGGAUAGUCUCACUUAUGAAGAUGUGCCCGUUGAAAUUCUUGACUGUCAGAUUUGUAGGUUGAUAAAUAAGAAAGUCGCUUCAGUAAAUGUUUCGUGGAGGAGUCAACCCGUAGAGGGAGCUACUUGGGAAGCAGAAGCAGCCCAUGAUGGCCAAGUAUCCUCGCCUCUUUCCUUACAAUUCCAUUCUAGCUUAAGGUAA